UGCGCGAGAAAAACGGAAGUCGGAACUACUCUGGAUUUUUCCUACCUUAUUGGUUUGAGCGGAAGUUACAACAUUCAUUUUACCCUCGGAAACAGAAACCAAAUGGCAAACGACAAUUUAGCGCCAGUUUCGGCCAGUGGGUCGCGUUUAAAUGGAGAGCCCCUGCAAAUUAUCAGGGCAACAUCAAAAGAAGAGGAAGAAAAAACUCUACAUUUCUUUGAACUAGAUGAGGAGAAGUUGGCCAAAAUUCUGUUGGAUCCCAGAAUUCAGGAGAAAAAAGUGGUGGUUGUCUCGGUAGCAGGAGCAUUUAGGAAGGGGAAAUCAUUUCUGCUGGACUUUUUUCUUAGAUAUCUGAGUGCUAAGGGACACCCUGAUUGGCUAGGUGAAGAUGAUUCACCGUUGGAGGGAUUCAACUGGAGAGGGGGAUCAGAGCGAGAGACUACUGGGAUCUUACUAUGGAGUGAACCAUUUAUCUGUAAGAUCCCAUCAGGGGAAGAGGUUGCUGUUCUGCUGAUGGACACACAGGGAGCUUUUGACAGCGAGUCAACUGUUAGGGACUGUGCUACCAUUUUUGCUCUUAGUACCAUGCUUAGUUCAGUGCAGGUGUUUAAUUUGACACACAACAUACAAGAAGAUGACUUGCAGCACUUACAGCUGUUCACUGAGUAUGGAAGAUUAGCCUUGGAAGACAAUGACAACGUAUCCAAACCAUUCCAGUGUCUUAUGUUCCUGGUCAGGGAUUGGAGCUUUCCCUAUGAAUCAUCAUAUGGAGCAACAGGUGGCAGAAAGGUGUUGGAGAAAAGACUUCAGAUCUCAGAUAAACAACACCAAGAACUUAAACAAAUCAGACAACACAUUCGCUCCUGUUUUGAGGAUAUCAGUUGUUUCCUGUUGCCGCACCCCGGUUUGAAUGUGGCUACCAACCCACAUUUUGAGGGGAAGUUGAAAGAUAUUGAGCGUGAAUUCAAGGAACAGUUAAAGAUCCUCAUCCCACUGUUGUUGGAUCCUGAUAACCUCAUUGUUAAGGAAAUAAAUGGAGCCAGGGUGUCUUGCAGGGACCUAAUGGAAUAUUUCAAAGCCUACAUCAAAAUAUACCAAGGAGAAGAGUUGCCAGAACCAAAGUCUAUGUUACAGGCCACAGCUGAAGCUAACAAUUUGGCAGCAGUGUCAACUGCAAAGACAGAUUAUUCCAAGAGAAUGGAAAGUGUUUGUGGAGGUGACAAGCCAUACUUACAUCCUGAACGUCUGGAAGAGGACCAUCUUCGUUGCAAACAGAGUGCCAUUGAUGUCUUCAAAUCAACAAGGAAAAUGGGUGGACCAGAAUUUAGCAAGCAGUAUCUUGAGCAGCUAGAAGUCGCGAUAGAGGAGCAGUAUGAAAAUUUCCAGAAGCACAACGAGGGCAAAAACAUUUUCAGUUCAGCCAGGACACCUGCCGUUCUGUUCACUGUCAUGGCAUUUUCGUAUGUCAUGUCGGGUGUGUUUGGACUGGUGGGAAUAGAAUCUUUUGCCAAUUUACUGAAUUUAGUGCUGGGACUCUUUCUGAUUUUAUUAGUGAUUUGGAUGUAUGUGAGGUAUAGCGGGGAACAUAGGGGAGUGGGCCAGCACAUCGAUCAAAUAGCAGAGUUCAUCUGGGAUAAGGGCCUCAGUCAAGUGUACAUGCAGAUGAUGCAGCAGGGUGUCAAGCAAGCUGUGAGACAGUCUUCACGUCAGACGUCUCAAACAUCCAAGCCCAAGGCAGACUAAACUGUGUCUUCUAAGAUUUCAUUAUCAUCAAAUGAAAUUUAAGUAUUUGUGAAACGUCCAACGAGACAUUGACCAAACUUCUUCACUCCCUUGAGAAUGGCUGUCAAUUUUUUCCUUCCUUGUGUUUCUAACCAUUUUUUAGCCUAAAGCCAAUCAAAAUUUCCAAUAUAUUCUAUUUAUUAUUAUUUUUUAUAUGCCCAUCUUAGAUGGGAUGUAUUAUGAUGUGGCGUUCAUGUCCGUCUGUCUGUCCGUUAGCUUUUUUGUGUCCAACUUGUAACUUAAAUACUAUAAGGCAUAGAAUCAUCAAACUUGGUCAGCUGGAGUAUUUCGGAGAAGGUGUGUCACACAAUAAAGUUAGGUCACUGACCUUUAAUUAAGAUGAUAUGGUCAAAUAUGACAAAACCCUGUCUGACUCAACUGGACAGUCAAUCAGACUGGGUCAGUUCUAAUAGGUAGAAAAUGUGUCACAUACUACAUUAUGGUCACUGCCACUUAAUUAAGGUGAUAUGACCAUGUACAUGUAUGUCAUAACCCAUUUUGCCUCAUGUAGAAUUGAGUCCUAGAAUCAAGAAACUUUGUCAGUUGGUGCAUCUGUACAGAAAUGUGAAUUGCAGCUUAAAAUCGGGUCAUUUAAACUUUAAAAAUGGCCAAUUAUUUUUUUAAAAAAGAAAUAAGUUUUUAAUCCCUGCAAAUGUAAGAUUAAUGUAGCAAUCUUAUUUUUAAAAAUGAUUAUUGUUUCAAUAGACAUCUGAGGACACUACAGGGAAUAAUGUUGAAUGAUUCAGAGAUAUCAAAAUCUCCUUUGAUAUUACUUUUUGUUGAUUAGUAGUAUGAAUUUACUUUGUACAAGUAAAGGGUCAUAUUCUCAAUCAGAUUAUUCUGUAAAUUUAAAUCAUGCUGUAAAACAAAUGGUGAAUUUAUCUGUUUAUGAUAAAUAAACAUCCAACUGGCGUAUCAGCAUGUGCCAUGGCAGUGCACUUUAUUUAUUCCAUUUUGGGUUGGGUUGUUGUUUUUUCUUCUGGAAAUAAAUGUUAGAAAAUAAAUAAUUUUGUUUGUACUGUUGCAUUGUGUUUUAUCAGCACAAGAGUGUAACAAAAACAUGUGGUUUCUUUAUUUAAUGUAGUUUAAGUUGGUAAUUUUGGGGGGUAUUUCGUUGUUGUGGGUUUUUUUUUUGGGGGGGGGGGGGGGUAUGCUUGUAAAUUAUGAUUUGUUAAUGUUAAAAUUGUGUUCCUUUCCCUUUGUUCAGUCAGCUGCCACAAAUUUGAAUCUAAUUAUCAGGAGGUAACUACAAAGCUCAGGUUUAAACUACAUGGAGUAAAAUGUUUUAUAUGUGUCAUAGUAAUUUAUAAUUUAGGAAUAGAAAUUUUAUGCAUUUUUCUAUGGAAAUAUAGAAUUUGGAAAUUUCAUAGAAAUAUGUGAUGCACAGGAUUUGCAGUUUAUGUGAAGAUUAUUUUUCUAGAAAAAUUGUAAAUAUUAAUGUUUUUGUACCAACUUCAAAAUAAGUUUGCAGUUUAUGGGAUAAUCCGAUAUAUGAACUUGUAUCACAUACAGUUCAUGGACUGGUAUUGAGGGUUGAAAGCCCUGAAGUGUAGUCUGAUAUGUUUUGUUUACUGUAUGCAUGCAAGUGAAUAGAAUAGUUCUGUGAAACUGAUAGACAUUGGAGGACAAGUAUGAAAAAGUGAGCGUUUACACAAAUUUACCUGUAUAAAUUGAAAAGGAUGAAUGCCCAAAGUUUAAUUUCCUGGGGCUGAAAGACUUGCACACAGAAUAAACAUUUAUUGGAUAACGUCUUGAUUUUUGUAAUGAAAAUGUUCUGAAGUUUUGUUCAUAUAUCUAUUUUGAAGUUGUAAUAGCUUAAAUUAUUUAUUUUUUUUCAAAUUAAUGAUUCAUUGACUUUAGUUUGAUAAAUGAAUAUUAAAAGCUUAACUUGUGAUGAAUAAAUAUUGUAACUUUUAACUGUCAGUAUUGUGGAAAUGCUCUCCUCAUUUCAAACAAGGUGAACAUCUACCUUGCUAAUAUCCUCUUGUUUUUAUAUUGGGUUUCCUCCACUCAAAUGUUUUAUAAUGAAUACAGAAAAUGGCAUAAAUGUUCCUCCCCACCUCCAUCAUUUAUUUUUUUUAAUCUAGUCAGAGUUGUACUGUAACAGCAUUUUCUAUAAUGAAUGGAAAAUGUCACUGCAAAGUGUCAUCAAUGGUAUUUUUUAAAAUGCAAUAAACUUGAAAUGCAAAAACUGUAAUGGAAACUACAGGUAACUCUCGAAUUAUCGCCACUCAAUUCAUCGCCAUUUUCGUUAUAACGCCGCAUUUUUCUAGGAACAUUUUUCCUGUUACUUAAAACUCUCGUUAAAACGCCAAAUUCGCUAUCGCCAUUUGCCACAGUGUUUUCAUUACAAAAGUCUAUUUCACCGUGUUAAUUAUCUCGAUAAACCGCCAUAGGUGCACGUGGUCAGUGAAGCAGUAAAUUGGUCAUUAUCGAUCUCCGGCGUACACCUGGACAGAAGGAUCCCAGUAAUUGCUGUAUUGAAUAAACAAGAAAAUUACUGGAGAUGAACUGUAGUCAAGUUGUUUAUACAUCAUAGAAACACAUUUCAAUUUAGCUAUGAUUUCGCCACGAAAGAGGGUCCUGUUAAAUUCCGAUGAAAAAAAGCAAAUCAUUACGUACCAAGAACAUCAUCCAAAAUGUACCCAUCAGGAUAUUGCAAAUCAUUGUUUAUGUGGUUUAUGCAAGUAAGGACAAAAGAUAACUCUUACAUAUAAAAGAACGGUAACUCUAUUUCUUCAAGAUGGCGGUAAUUCAAUUCAUCGCCAAAUUCGUUAUAAUGCCAUAAUUUCAUAAGAACAAAAGGUGGCGGUUUAUCGAGAGUUGACUGUAAUUCCAAAUGUGUCAUGUUAAGCUUGUAUAGUGAAACCUGUCUAAUCCAACAUGCUCUGGAGAGAAAUGUAUGUCGGAUUAGGCAGGAUAUGGGAUUGUACAGAAGAUGGAGAAAAGGUCAUUUGGGACUGGCAUUCACAGUGAAAGAAAUCAGAUUAGACAGCUUUAGUUGUAGAACAUUUUUAUGAAAUUAAUAACCCAUGACAAAGGACGAAAAACAUUUUGCUAAAACAAAGUUUUAGCUGCAUGAAUGUUUUGACGCCUGUUACAGUAGACUCAGGUUUUGUUUUUUUUUUAAAUUUUCAUCCCAUUGUAAUUACAUGCAUUGUAUUGACAUGCUUUGUACUUUAAAGUAGUGAAUUAUAUUUUUUUAAGCAUUACCUUUCAGACAUUGCACUUGUAAAGUACUAUUUCAAAUGUGACAUUCAAGAUGAAUAAUUUUCAGAUCAUAUCUGCAUAGAAUAGAGUCACAGGAUUACAAAAUAGACUCGCUUACAAAUUCUGAAGACUUCUGGGUAUAGAAUUACUUUACAAUGUUUUAAUUAUAGAUUGAUUUCAUGAGUAUUUGCUUGAUUUUUGGUGGGUUUUUUUUUUUUUUUUGUUGAUAAAAGAAAAGUAAGCUACAGCUAUUUGUCCUUGCAUGUCUUGUGAUCAGAAAUUAUAAUCAGAUUAUCAUUGUAACUCUGUCAAAAGAAUUGACAAAGACAACCACAGUUUGUUUUUGCAACGACUAUAUAGAUACAUGUUAUGAAAUAACAAAAUGUUGUUUUUUUUCAUUUUGGUUUUUUUUUUUUUUUACCUGCUUAUUCGAAGGUGUGUAGGAAAUUGCAAGUGAAAAACACAAGUUAGGCCCCUGAAAGUGGAUUAGUGGUUAUGUGGGUUUUUUUCUCAUCUGUAUAUAUAUGUACAUGUAUUAUUGUUUAACAAUAACUUAAUAAUUUAUGUGAUUUUAAUUCAGAUUUCAAAGGAAAGGGGCACUGUUGACAGUUGCAGAUUCAAAGCAAUGUGGAAUUUUCACUGUUUUAUUAUUGUUAUGUAUUUAAAGUACUACCCCAUGUAUUCUCCGUAAAGAAAUGUAAUUUAUCGUAGAUUUUCACAUGCUACUUUUAAAAAAUAUUUUUUUAAUAGUUGCAAUUAAAAUGGUCUUCAGAUUCUUGUGUGGCUAGUAAAGGUUGAUACAGUAUUGUACAAUAAUCUCAAAGUACAAUAUAUUUAAGUCUACCAUGAUUAGAUAUGUCUGAUUGUCAAAUUUAAAGUUUUUUAAAUAUGUUGGUAUAUAUAGCAUUAUUGUAUAAACAAAUUUGGAAUUAGGGAGUAAAUUAUUGACUUUGUAUAUAACAUUGUGUCAGUACCAGAUAAAAUUGUUGUUAAACUUUGUUAAUAAAAUUCCUUGUAUGCCCAUCAA